ACAUUUGUACAACAAUUCCUCGUCCAACAAAAGGUUGGGGUGGGAACUCGAUGCCGUCUGUAGGAGAAACAACGAUAGGUGAUGAUAUUGAAAGGAUCAGGAUGAUAAGAAACAACAUGUUUGGACACAUAAGCUCGGCUUCUACCUCACAGUCAGAGUUCGAUGACACAUGGCAAAUAAUAACUGAUGUCUGCCAAAGACUGCAAACGUACACAAAGAGAGACUAUAUGUCUGGCGUGAUUAAUAUUCAAAGUCAGGCGUUAGAAGAGGAAAAUGAAAAAGCCAUAAUUGAAAACCUUGAAGCUGAUUACAAAAGUAAUACAGAUCUUAUGAAAAAGAUGUCUUCUUUGGAAUCACAUUUGUUAGGAAUACCAGUAGUAGAUGAGAUUCUUAAUGACUGGCGAAAAGAGAACACGACUUUUGUUCCUACAAAAGCAAGUAGGAUAGUCGAAGAAAAGCUUAAAAGUCAUAACCUGGUCAUAGUGGUCGGAAAUUCUGGAUCUGGCAAAUCGGUGAUUAUUCAGCAUAUUGCACUCAAGCAUAAAGAUCAGGGCAGUAAUGUUAUACCAGUGGAUGAAGUUAGAGAAAUAAAAGAGAAAUUUUCGUAUUCGACCGAAAAUGAUACCAUUUUUGUACUGAAUGAUCCUUUAGGUAAAGAAUCUUUGGAUGAAAUUUUGUAUACUUUAUGGAAAAAUUAUCAAAAAACGAUAGAGAUUUGCUUGAAGAAAGUCAAACUACUGGUGUCCUGUAGAAGAUGUGUUCUUUAUGACAAGAGAGUGAAGGGUAUUUUAUUUGAGGAAUCCACCAUAGUAGAAAUUGACAACGAAGAAAAUCGACUAACAAAUGGAGAGAAAAGAGCCAUCCUUAAUCAAUACACACAGAAUAUAAACCUUUCUGAAGAAAUUGUUUUUGAAAUAAUGAAAUCAGAAGCAUACUUCCCACUGCUUUGUAAGCUUUUUUUUUUAGGCCAAAUGACAAGGAAAACGGGCUUGACUUCUUCAAAUCUCCGAAGAGGUUUAUUAAACAAGAAAUUGAUAUGUUCAAGAGAGUAGACAAGAAGAAAUUCUGCACUCUUAUUUUAGUUGUAGCAUUUAAAAACAAUCUGAAAAUAGAAACAAUUGUAAGGAAUGAUGAUUAUAAAAAGAAAUAUAAAGACAUUUUAGGAAUGUGUGAAUUACCAGAAAACACACCAAUCUCGGCCUUCCGCAGUACUCUCCAGGAGCUUAAAGGAUCCUUUGUAAAAUGUGUCGGAAAUUCUUUACAAUUUCUUCACGACUUUAUCAUGGAGAUAACGACUCUGGUGUUUGGUGUUGAUUGUCCACAAGAGACAAUACAGUACGCAGACAGUGGUUUUCUGAGACGUCGAGUGCAGAUAGAAGACGAUACAGAAGAGGAAGAUCGCCAUCCUUUCACUGUUUACCUUCCUGAAGAGUACAUUGAUGAUCUUGUGGACAGGUUUAUCAUUGACAUGCAAACAGAACACCUUGUAGAUGUCUUACUCAAUCCAUGUUUGAGAAAUAAAAGUGUGAUAAGAGACUUUGAAGACAAAAUUGAAUUAUUAAAAAAUCUAUCAAACAUUCUCUCAGGUAUUAACCGGGUUUUAAUAGAUAAAUCAGAGUUUGGAAAACCGUUUAGUGAUUUCAGCAUAUCAAGACUUACUUUUCUUGACUGGAGAGGUAAAUUAUGUCCUUUAGUUGGAUUUAUAGUACUUUGUCAUGAUGAAAUUUCUCUGUCUUUUAUAAGAUGCAUAGACAAAAAUGCAUUGCAGGAUCUUUUAGUUUUUUCUGCCGUGUGUGCUAAUGGAACAUUACCAUUGUUUCAUAGUCUGAGCCUAGAAUACAAAGAAAUGGCUAUAGAAGAACUUUGGGGUUUAUUUUAUCCAAUCCAUAUUGCUUCAGUCUUCCAUAACUAUGAGAUUAUUCCAGAGUUAAUAAGACUCGGUGCUGACGUCAACAUGCUGAGCGCUGGUGAUGUUUGGACUCCAUUAAUUUUGGCAGCAGGGAAUGAUGAAGAACAUUUAAGAGAAGCUGGAAAGAAAACAAAAGAAGGAGAAAGACGUAAUAAAACUAUUUCCUUUUUAUUGAACUAUGGCGCCAAAAUCAACUUAUGUGGCGACGAUGGAAAACCUCCUCUGUGGAUUACUUGUCAAAAGGGAUAUGCAAGCACAGUACAAAUGUUACUGAACAACGGCGCCGACAUAAAUCUAUGUGAUAUCCACAGAGUCAGUCCUCUUUAUAAAGCUUGUCAAAAUGGACAUGAUAACACGGUUCAACUGUUACUGAACAGCGGUGCCAACAUCAAUUUAUGUGAUAAUAACGGAGCAAGUCCUCUUUAUAUAGCUUGUUAUAAUGGACAUGAUAACACGGUACAACUAUUAUUGAACAAUGGAGCCGACAUCAUUUUAAGUGAUAAUGAUGGAUUCAGUCCUCUUUGUAUAGCUUGUUAUAAUGGACAUGAUAGCACAAUACAACUGUUAAUAAACAACGGUGCCGACAUCAAUUUAUGUAACAAGUAUGGAGCCAGUCCUCUUCAUAUAGCUUGUCAAAAUGGAAUUGAUAGUACGGUACAACUGUUACUGAACAACGGUGCCGAAAUCAAUUUAUGUGAUGAGAAUGGAGACAGUCCUCUUUAUACAGUGCAGGGAACUAAUUUUCUUGUCAUAAUGGACAUGAUAGCACGUCCCCUUUAUGUCGCUUGUCAUAAUGGACAUGAGAGCACGGUACAACUGUUACUAAACAACGGUGCUGACAUCAAUUUGUGUGAUAAUGAAGGAGCCAGUCCUCUUUAUAUAGCUUGUUUUAAGGGACAUGAUAGAACUGUACAACUGUUACUGAACAAUGGUGCCGACAUCAAUUUACGUAAUUAG